AGUACCUGUCAAAAAUACGGAAGUGUCAGUCAAAUACAACAUAAAAAACAUCUGUAAAAAGUGGUGCAAUCAACUCAAAAGUUAUUGUUUUGUUGAUACCCUGUAAAAUUAGUUGUCAAAAAAACCAAAGUGUCAGUCAAAUACAACCUAACUUUUUAAACACCUGUAAAAAAUAAAAACAAGUUUAAUUUAAUUAAACAAAAUCCAACUAUAAAAUUAAAAAUAAAAAUAACAUGCAAAAAAAAAAUUUAAAUACAAGCUACCUAAUAUGCAGUAAAGUAAUUAUAAUAUGACAAUAAAAUGUAAAUUAUCUUUAAAAAGCGUGAGGCAGGCAACACAAUCAAAAUAACUUUUGUUGAGUCAUAUAAUGCAUGUGUAAUGGGCUGUAGCCAGAAAUACUGCAAGUAAUUUUAGACCAGACAGUAUACACAGUUUCAAUAAAAACAGCGUCAUUUUAUUAUAAGAAACAUAAAAUUUAAAUAGUUUAAGUAAGAAUACACAAAAUGCUACGAAAAUGCAGAAAAUUGUAAGACUAAUAAUGCAUAGUUUUCGCCGAAAUUAUAUUUUUGGUAAACUAUUAGUUGGACUUAAUUUCUGUUUUGUGCGUUUUAGUAACACUUGUAUUCUGUAAUAAUGCAACGAGAAUCGUCCAACAAUAUGAGCGCUAGAUCAGGGCCAGAUUUACAGAAGAGUAUCAUAGUAGGGUGGGGUACGAUUUCAUUUUUUUUUAUCGUCCCAUUUGGUAGUAAACAAUGAAUAAUUACAGAAUUAUAAAACCGUUGCCCUGCUACUAUAAAAAAGCAUUGGUAAUUGAUAAAAACCUGAUCAGAAAUGAGGAACUUAGGUGCUAACAGUGUCCAUCUUACCACAGGAAUAUAUAUUAACAGAGAGUGAACUACUAGACAGGGUAAAAAACAUCACACACAAAUUUAUCAUAAAAAAUGUAACAAAUAAUGUUACCAUGUAGCUGUAUAGGAUUUAGGUCCUAACGGUAUCCAUUUUACCCCACAGUACUAUAAGUUAAAACAAUGAUAAGUUUUUACUAUAUGGUGUUUGUACAAGUUGUUGUGUUGGUUUAUUCUCGACAAAUGAGACUUUGCAGAGAAGGACGCGAACUACUGGACAGUGUAACAGUAAGAAACAUCACACACAAAUUUAUCAUCAAAAACGAUACAAAUAAUCUGACAAUGUUACUGCAAAUAAAAUGGCAAGUUAACAAUACACAAGAUGUUUCUUUUGAAGGAUUCAUUAUCCGUUUAACUGAAAAUUAUCAGUUUAAUGAAUAUGAUAAAACUUUGCAGCCCAUACAAUGCACUCAGAGUGAAAUAAUCAAUCAAAAGAUGGGACAUGGCUCAGAUUUCUGUUACAACUUUACAUCCUGUGUGAAAACAUGGGAAAAUGAGAGUUGCAUAUGCCCGGAUACAUGCGAUAACACUACAGUGAAAUGUAGAGGCAUUUUGGACUACUGGAUACCCAUUUUGGGAUAUAUUGCUAUACCUGCAGUAGGUCUUAAUUGUAUUUUAUUCUAUGUGGGUGAGGUCUAGGGAUGCACAUUACAGAAUAAUUAGGU